UUUCAUGUACAACAAGCAAAUCUGAGAAAAAUGUUUACAUCUGAAAAGUGGGCAAAUAGUCGAUUUUCCAAAGAGGUCGCAGGAAAACGUGUAGCAGAAGUAAUAUUGAUGCCUUCUUUUUGGAAAAAUAUGGUUUUUGCAUUAAAAGUUGGUGGUCCAUUGGUAAAAGUAUUACGGCUGGUAGACGGUGAAAAACGAUCUCCUAUGGGCUAUAUUUAUGAGGCAAUGGACAGGGCCAAAGAAGCUAUUGCUGCAUCAUUUAACAAUAAUGAAGAGAAAUAUCGUAGCAUAUUUGAAUUCAUUGACAAAAGAUGGAACAUUCAACUGCAUCGACCUUUGCAUGCAGCCGGAUAUUUCUUGAAUCCAGAGUGUUUUUACUCUAACCCUGAUAUAGAAAAUGAUACAGAAGUGAUGGAGGGUUUGUACAAGUGCAUAUCUAGAUUGGUGAGAGGUGAGGAUUUACAAGAUAAGAUCACAAAUCAAUUGGAAAAAUACAAGAAAGCAGAAGGACUUUUUGGUUUGCCAAUGGCUAUCCGACAAAGGACUUUAAAAUCGCCAGGUAAAUUUAUAAAUAAUAUAUCGUGCAAUAAUCAAUAUCAAUAUUGGAUGGUAAUAAAAUUAAUCUUAUAAUUUAUAUGUUUUUGUUUUUCAAGCUGAUUGGUGGUCUUCUUAUGGUGCAUCAACGCCCGAAUUAAAAACAUUUGCAAUGAAGAUUUUAAACCUCACGUGCUCUUCUUCAGGCUGUGAACGUAAUUGGAGUGUUUUUGAACAUAUACAUUCUAAGAAAAGAAAUAGGUUGUCUCAACAACGGUUGAAUGAUUUGGUAUAUAUCAAGUACAAUAGAGCUUUGAGGAGAAGAUAUGACAUGCGAGAUAAGAUUGAUCCUAUUACUUUGUCAGAGAUAGAUGAUAGUAAUGAAUGGUUGUUGGGAAAAUUGGAUGACAGUGAUAAAGACGAUGAUAAUGAUUUUGUCUUUGAAGGUGAAGAUUUGCGUUGGAGUGAUGUAGCACAAGCAUCUGGGGUUGGUGAAAGUGCAUAUGACUUUCGAUCUCGAAAUGCGUCUUCUUCAAAAGGGACAUCAUCAUCUGCAUUAGCAAAAAGAAAGCAGUCUUCAGCUCAAACUAGUCUUGUAAAUGAAGAAGAAAUUAAUCUUGAUAAUGAAACUGAAGAAGAAGAUACUGAUGGAUACAAAUCAAGCGAUGGAGCUGAUGACAUAGAUUUGGACAAUGAAGAUGAAGAAGAUGAUUAUUUUGAUAUUUGAUAUUUCAUGUAUCAUAUUUUCAAAGACUUUUAAUUUUCAGUAAUCUGCAACUUCAUCAAAGAAUAUUUUGUUUAUGGUUAUUUGGAUUUUCAAAGACAUUUUGAAAGUUUUUUUAAUAGAUAUAAUAGCCCUUUUGUUUAUUAUGUUCUUUUCCGUAAAGCCCGCGCUUCGCCUUGCGCUUUGCGCUUUAAGCCCCAAGACCCUUGAGCGCUUUUUUGCGCUUCGCGCUUUUGACAA